AUGCCUGCCGCGCGUUCCUCGAGCGACUCGAGCGGCGGCGGCGCACCGUUGUACUCGUCGCGAGCGAUGGAGGCCACGCCUCACAAAGACAACGCGACUAGCAAGAGCAGUGAUCCGCCCUCGGAUGACGAGAUGGCGCUCGUGAAGGCAAGCGGCCAGUUCAAUCUUAUUUCGAACGACGCGACCGCCCCCCGCCCUGCGGUCUCGAAUGAUCCCUACAACUACGGCCAGCAGCUGCAGCGACCAGGCACAGUACGCCCCCCGGCUGCUUUUGGGUCUCAGUCGCCCUACCGCCAGUCCAGCAACAAUGCUGUGAACAACGGCGUGCCGCCGUCUAUUGCCAGCAGCCCUCUCUACCGUGGUUUCGGCGACAUCCAAGCCAAGCUCAUGACCGCACAGCAGUUCGUGCGCACCACACCUGGUUUCACGGACAGCCAGGCCCAGACUGUCCGACACCUCCUCGUCGGCUGUGGCCAGGACCUGACUCACUUUGCGACCACCUUGAUCACCGAGCACACCAAGGCCCACCACCAGGUCGGCGAGCUUCGCCUUCAGUAUGAGAAGGCUCAGAACGAACUGCUGUCCAGACGCCAGCAAAUCUCCGACCUGCAGGACCAGUACAAGUCCGCCAAGAAGGAGAAGGAUGUCGCACUGCGAGACGUUGAGGAUCUCGAGAGCCGGUUGAACUCGUGUGAGCGCGAGGUGAAGCGUCUUCGACAGCUCGGCAGGAGCCAUGAUGAGAAGCAUGCUAUGAAACUCCAGCGCCUCGAAGAUGAGUUGAAGUCGCUCCGCGUGGCUGAAGAAAGCAACAUGCAGCUUGUCAAGGUCCAAGAAACCCCUACCCCCAAGAGCAGGAGAUUCGUCCAAGAGGAUUCAGCUUCGGACGAAGACGAUGACAAUUCCGCCUCCAAAGCUGCCGAAACUGCCCGUCGCGGAUCCUUCUUGAACCCGACAGCUGCUGAGUUCGGACCGCGUUCUUCAAAGCCCGACCACUCGAAGGAGAUGCUUCCCCUUCUCCGCAAGUAUGCCCAGAGAACAGGUCCUGCCAUGUCCCCUCAGGACGUUCGAGCAUAUGAUGGAUCCAAUGAUCAGCCUCGUAUGAAUCCACGCCCGGCCACCCGUAUGGGUUUCCGCGGAAACUCUUUUUCGUUCAACUCUGGACAGAACGGCUCAUGGAGUGCCAUGACCGGACCACUUGGACCCCCGCAUCUCACCCAAAGUCGUAGCAGUGGUGGUGGAUACAAGUCUGCUGCAGACACCGUAGACAUCGACUUCAGCACUCUGCAGGAGAAGACUGAUUGGUCGGCUGACGACGUCACCAUUGGCUUCCAGCGACUCUUCGGCAUGAUCGAGGGCUUGAUUGCCAAACACUACGUGAACGAGCCUUUCAACGAGAGCGAGAAUAUGCUGCCCAUGUCUCACCCCGAAACUUGGAGAUACAUUUUGUCGAUGGGAUUGAAGAACCAGACACAGAGUGCCACGCACAUGGCCGACCUGUUGACCAAAUUCCAUUGCCGCCACUGGGUCCUGAAGCGAGUGAUCGUCGACUACAUCAUCAACCGCAUGAUUAUUCCUGAGGUCUUCUUCGGAUUCAAUCCACAGAUCGACGAGCACCUUCAUGCCCUCCAAGGACGCAUGAAGUCACGCGCUCCUGGAUCAAACAUGGGUCGCCCGCAAGGUAUGGAAAGGCAGAGAAUCGUGAUGGACCAUGCUAAGGUCAUCCGCUUCAUCAUCGAGGCCCCCGAGGGUCCCAGUUUCAAGGAGAGAACGGUGGCCAAGCAUGCGCAGAUGAUCCAGGAGAUCCUCAAGCCGCUGCGGAGCUGCGUCGUCGAGGACAAGCAGGCCCGCAAGGGCUUGAGCGUCGUCGUCAACGCCGCCUGGACCAUCACCACCCACAUCUGGACGUCGGGCAUGACCAUCCACUUCUACUUCCCCGAGACGGGCUCCAAGUUCGCCUACGGCACCAUGCGGUCCCUCAACUACACCGACACCCCUUCCGACCAGAUGCAGUACCAGCAGUACCGCAUCAUGCUCGUCAUUACCCCGACUUUGAGCCUGCGCGACGAUCGAGACCUCGACCGCCUCCGCACCCACGAGCUCCUCAAGUCGGACGUGCUUGUCAUGCGAUAA